AGAACUAGAUAGAUAGAUAGAUAUUGUUAAACACAUACAGAUGAACAUGAAGCAGGCGUCACCUCCACGCAUGCCUAGUUAAAGAAAGAUUUCCGGUUCUGUUUUGAAACCUUGUUGCUCGGUUGUUUUCCAUUCCCCGAUUUACGGCUAUAUCAAUAUUAUCCCUUUAAAAUAUUUCCAUUAUCAAAUGACGUUUGUGAUUGAUUAAUGGAUAGUUUCAUCAGAUACAUUAUGUCAUCAAUGUUUAUCAUCUUUUGAAGACAAAAACAAAAUGUUUUACAAAAUUAAUACAGUCCUGUCUGUAUAAUUAUCUGCUGAAUUACAGCGAAAUAUUUCUUCUGAGUGGUGAUUAAUUAGCAACAUAUUUUUCUCGGAAUAUUUAAAUGGUAAACUAAACUUGGACAAAUUUAAAAAAGGAGUUUUCAACCCCUUCAAAUAUCUAUGAAUAUCAGACUUGAUGGAAAUAUAAUAACAGAAGUAUCUGUUAUUAAUAAUAUAUAUAUAUCUGAGAAGGGAAAAAUGAACAUACGUACAUUUUAGUGAGAGAAGAAAAAUUAUGGAAAAUACAUUAUGUGAGAAGAAAGACGACUUUAAAACACUGUCUACAACUAUUGGUUUUCCUGAUGAUAUAAAGAAAGAGAAAAAGAAAACACCUUAUUGGUGUGACACCUGUGGUAAAUUGUUUGCUGAUAAAUGGCUUCUCACUAAUCACAAACGGGUUCAUACAGGAGACAAACCAUAUCACUGUGAUAUCUGUGGUAAAUCAUUCUCUCAAAAGAGUAAUUUAACUAUUCACGUACGCAUUCAUACAGGAGAGGAACCAUAUCAGUGUGAUAUAUGCGACAAAUCUUUCUCUGAGAAAGGGGGCCUCACUAUUCACAAACGCAUUCACACGGGAGAGAAACCACAUCACUGUGAUAUCUGUGGUAAGUCGUUCUCUCAAAGGAGUAAUUUAACUGUUCAUAUGCGCAUUCAUACUGGAGAGAAGCCAUUCCACUGUGAUAUUUGUGGUAAACCUUUUUCUGGAAGUGGUGACUUGACUAAACAUAAACGCACUCAUACAGGAGAGAAACCAUAUCGUUGUGAUAUCUGUGAUAAAUCUUUUUCUGGAAGCACUGACUUAACAAAACACAAACGCAUUCAUACAGGAGAGAAGCCGUAUCACUGUGAUGUCUGUUGUAAGUCCUUCUGUCAACUUAGUGAAUUAUCUAGUCACAAACGUAUUCAUACAGGAGAGAAACCAUAUCACUGUGAUAUUUGUGGUAAAUCUUUCUCUCACUCAAAAACCUUAACUACUCACAAAUAUAUUCAUACUGGAGAGAGACCCUAUCACUGUAAAAUCUGUGGUAAAUCAUUCUGUCAGUCAGGUCAGUUCGCUAUGCACAAACGUAUUCAUACAGGAGAGAGACCAUUUCAUUGUGGCAUCUGUGCUAAAUCCUUCACUGAAGAAGUUCACUUAACUACACACGCAUGUGUUAGUACAGAGUAAUGACUAUGUCAUUGUCAAAAUUCAUCAUCAUCGUUUACUGUCUGCCUUCCAUGCUGGCAUGGGUUGGACGGUUUGACAGGAGCUGACCAGGCAGAAGACUGCACCAAACUUCUGUGUCUAUUUUGGCAGGGUUUUUACAGCUGGAUACCCUUUCUAACACCAACCAUCCAACAGAGUAGACUGAAUGCUUUUACAUGGUAUAAGCAUAGACAAGGUCAGUUUUGGUAUGGUUUUUACAGCUGGAUGCCAACCACCUUACAGUGUGGACUGGAUGCUUUUUGUGUGGCACCAACACUGACAGGGUCACCAAGUAACUUGCAAGACAAAGAUCCUUUGGGAGAGUGGGGUGUUGAUCUUGUCAGAUGAUGAGGGUUAGAGCGUGGCAGAGAGGCAGAAACAGGUGUCUUUGUGUAGAGGACAGAAACAGGUGUGCUGCUGUAAAGGAGGUACAUGGCUAUCCAGCCUGAGGGAAAAGAAAGCAGGAGAGUCUAAGUUGUCAUAAAUGUUGCGUGGCAAAUGUACUGUUUAACCCGUUUGAUGCCAACCCCACUGAGACCACCCCUCAUUCUAUGAUACAAACUUCUUAGUUGAAGGGGUCUUAUUCUUGCCAGAUGCACAGUGACUUUACUGGUGCUGAUGUCAUGAAUAAAGCACCCAGCUGAAGAAACAAAACCAAAGCAGACAUUGGCGUUCAAAGCAGUCACUGGACCUGUUGGAUCCUGUCAAAUUGCCCAACCAUAACCACUAUUUUAUCUACAUUGGUGAGAUUACUGUAAUAUUUCUAAUAAAAUU